AUGAAACGUAUUCUAUUUCUUUCCGUUUUGACUGCGGUCAACGCCUUUUACUAUAAGAGAACAAUGUAUGGAGAUGCAAAUGAAGGAGUUCCUUCUUCUCCAGAUUAUGUCAAUGCUUACUAUGGUUUCCCAUCUGUACCUCCACAAGAGCCACGUCGUAGACCUUCAUUCAAUAUGUAUCCACCACAAGGAUAUUUCCGAAGAGAGCAUCCAUUUGAUUUCGGACCAUUUGGUUACGGUAGCUCCAGAAUCGGAGAUGCUAACUUCGGAGAAGAGAAGACCGAACGUGAACGUUCGAUGGAGAAGGCAAAGCCAGGAUUCUGGAGACAAAAUCAACGUGAAACGAUGGACAGAAUCAAGCAAAUUAUUGGAGAGCAAAGAAUGAAUAUGGAGCAAAAACACAUGCAAAUUAGACGAGUUCUUUCUCAUGAAGGAGAUGAGAUUAGAUCCAAGUUCGCUGACCUCCACAAAAGACUCAUCAUGAAGAAUAACAAAAUGGCCUCCACUGUCUCUCCAGUUCCAGAAUUGAGCAAACAAGCAAAGAAACUUGAGAAAGAAGCCAAGAAAAUAAUGGAAAAUAGAAAGAUGAGCGUCGAAAAGAAGCAAGAAAAGCUUGAUAAACUUAUGCUAAAAGCUCCAGAAUCUGUAAAAAAUGAAUUGAAUGCUAUGAAUGAUUCCGGAUCAUCCGCCCCAGUUCCAAUUACAGCUCCAGCUCCAGCCUCAGGACAAAUGGAAGCUCUCAAUCGUGUCAAUCCAUCAAUGACUUCACAACAAGAGAUUCUGAACCGUACUCAACAAACUCAAGCAGUCGUGGAAGCUCGACAAAUAAGAGUUUCUGAAGAUGGAAAGACUGUCGAAAUCUAA